UGUCUGUUGUUGAACGCUGUUCCGAUUCUUAGGUCCGGAACCAAUUGAUACUCGCAAUGAUUCUUUUGAUGAAUCGAUACGCUGACCUCGUCUCGUUCUUCUCGCAGGUACGCUGGAUUAGGGUCAGGGCGACUCACGCCCCGAUCAAUGCCGGCAUGAGGCUGCUACUCGGUGUCUGCGUGACACUGUUCUGCAGUGUAGUCGCUGAUUUUCCAGCGGAAAACUCAAUUUCUAGCACUACCGCGAACUUCUUGAGAUGCGAGCAGGGGAAGAAGCAGAUCACCAUCGAAGAUCUCUGCAACGAUAGAAAGGAUUGCGCGGAUAAUUGGGAUGAAGCUCUCUGCGACUGCACUGAUAGGGUACGCCCAUGCUCCAUUGGCAAGUGCCGCAAAGAUCCCCACAUCGGAUCUUCAACAUGUCAGAAAUGCGAUCAUGGAUACGAACACGACGGGGAGCAAUGUCGUGACAUCAACGAAUGUGAGACUUCAGCGCCAUGCGAAGGACGCGAAUCAUGCGUCAACUUCCACGGUGGCCAUACGUGCAUCUCUUGCCCAAAGGGUUUCGAGGCGAAAAUGCACAAUGAAAGAUAUUACGGUUUCGUCAGCAAGCCGUCGAAUUUCUUCCUACGAAAGCUAUUCCUCUGCGACGACAUGAAUGACUGCGCUAUCCAGGAUCAUUGCGCAAACAGAGGCUACUGCGUCAACAAGGUCGGGGGUUUCUCAUGCGUCUGUCCACCUCAUCACGAGCCUAAAGGGGGCGUUUGUAGGGCCGUCAGCAGCGAAGCACCGAGGAUCGUCAUCGCGGAGAAGACUUCACUGUUCAUCCACGAUUUGCGCUCGUCGAAGCUCAUCGAAACCGUCAAGGUCAAGCACGCCAUCGUCGAUAUCAUCGCAUACAAGAACUCGGUUUUCUACGCGUUCGCAAGAGAGAUUUGGGAAUACACAUUCGAUACAAAGUCGCAUUCGCUCGUGGUAGAGUUCGAGGAAGAAGACCUGACACUGAUGUCGAUUCGGAAAUUGGCGCUCGACUGGGAUCUCAAACGACUCUAUUUCCUCACUGGGAACUCGAUUCACUUCGUCAACAUGUUCGGACAGGGAGGUCCCGUACUUCACCAUAAAGAUACCAUCACCAGUAUAGCAGUGGACGCCGUGGCCCGCUAUUUAUUCUACAGCGAGCGGAAUUUGGUGCACCGAAUCCAUCUCGAUGGUUUUCCGGACUCAAAAAAAACAAUUUUCGCUGCUCUCCCAGAAGUCGAGCACGAGAACACGCCCACAGGUCAAGCUUUGGUUGCGGAUCCGAAUCUCCAGAGACUCUAUUUUAUCAAUGAUAGAGUUCUCUACAGUUUUGACUACGAAGGCGAACUCGCCCGAGUUGUCUCGACGCUCGCCCCAUACGCUCGCAUAGAGCCAUUCGAGGAUCGUAUCUAUGGAGUGUAUCGUGCCAGUGCCGUUAAUCCAGUGAGCCUUCCUCGGAUCGGAUACUCUAUCGGAAAGAGAGUUCGAAACGCCACGACACUCAACUUCAACAACGUCGAGAAGGCGGCAGCUCUGACCGUCGUGAGCGUUGCCAAGUUCCCCGAGAGCGUCGGAUUGGGUCAGCCAUGCAAGCGGAAAGAUGCAUGUUCUUCGGAUUGGUGCUUCCAUCUACCGAUGCCCUUCGAGCGAAGAUGUGCAUGUACUCCCGGCGCCACCGAAAAUUGCACAAAAAUCGCAAUCCGUAGCUUCCGACCCGAGAACUCGGUCGCUGCCGAGAUCAACCACGCGGGCCUGCUACCGGCACCCAUGGAGCUUCUUGCUGUACAGCUAUUAUUGGUACUCGUCUCCACGAUUGGGCGCAGUGUUUGAUUCGGCUCGGAUUGUCAUAAUCACCGCUCGUUCCUGUACAUAAUAUGUAUAUAAAAAUCACCAGUCCUGAGAUUUUAAGAAUGACAUGAAUAAACAACUUGUUACAAA